AUGACAGCGGAAGUUGAUGAAGACAAGGCCACGACUAAUAAAGAGCGGGAUGUUGGCGUCUCAAACAAAGAUUGGGAAGAGUUACAACAUGCUAAGAAGGAUUACAUUGCUCACUUAAAUGCCUUACGUCAAGCUCGUGAUGACGCAAAAUUGGAGGAAGAGCAAUGCUAUGCGAAAGCUAUUGAGGAAAAGAUCCGUCAGAUUUGUCCAUGCCCUGCCGGCUGUAAAUGA